GCUAAAUAAGAUAAAGCUUCAUUAGUAUGGAUUAGAUUAGAUUUGAUUAGAUUAGAUUCAACUGUAUUGUUAUUGACCUACAAUAUGCAGUUAGCAUCUAACCAGAAGUGCAAAACAAGUGCAAGUCUCAUAGGUGCAAAGUGUCAAAAGACACUGAAGAAAGGUGGCAAUAAAAUGCAAGUGAAAUAUACAAAUUGCAUUUCAUCAACAGUGUAAAUAAAAAAUAUAUGCAUGAAAAAAAUGUGUAAAUAACAUGAUGUAGUAGAUACAGUAAUGAAGACAAGACGCAGACUGUUUGUGAGUCAAACAGAUAACCUGCCAGUAACCUGCUCAGCCUGUACUUUGGGAACUUUGGUUAGACUCAUUUGUCUGAAUACUACUUGUCGCACAUAACAAUAUGGUACAUUCUGGAAAGGUUAGCUUUGGUUCUAAAUAAGAAUAAAAAAAUAAAAAUAAAAAAAGUUAUCGGAUAUGGGAUGGCUACCUACAGUGAAAGUUUGAUUGUUUGCUUCUCAAAACAAAUAUCCGAAACUAUAUACUAAAGUUACGGAAACGUUCUGUGUUUUUUCAUACUGUGAGGCCUGGAAUUGUAUGUUAUGUGACUAUUAACCUCACAUGCUUCUUAUAAUUCGACCAUGAAGACAUUCCGAGAUGUUUUUGAAGACGUGGUGUUUUGGUGUUGCAUGUUAAUUUAGGACUGGUUUCUCAACUGUUAUAAUUCGCUCCAUGACGAUCCCGACACUUCAGAAUGCAAACGUAAUGAGUGAGACUAACUGGCCGGACGAGUUCACAUAUUUUCUCUCACAUGUCGCUUGUGUUUUCUUUCAGAAUUGCAAAAGUGGUCAGGCACGACUCGGCUGCAGAAAUACGAGUUCUGUUUAGUAGUAAGCUGCUGAUUUUUAGACGCUUUCACUCUGUGGAUCUAUGGAGGCGCGAGAUGAUCCCGUUGGCAGACAAAAUGAAGUCGCCUCAGGAGAGCGAGAACUUACAACAGUCAAUGGACUCAGCUCAACAGCCACAAACCCAUUUUUUACUCAAGGCAAAGACUCCAAUGGGAACACUGUUUCCAGAGACAAUAACAAAGACUUCAAUUUAAGCCAUGGACAAAGCAAUGGGUGGUCUCACUUUCUAACAUCUUCUACACCAUCACUUGAGAAUGACUGGGCUGUUUUCCCACCUCCUACACUCAGCCAGAAAACAAACCAAACCACAUUCCCCAAUCAAAAAUCGGACACAGGCCAAGAUUCAAACUCUGCUACAAUGUCUGCAGCUGGACUAAGCAAACAGAAAGCAAGCAUUUUUGAACCUUUCAAAGAGGAAACCAGCAUCACCCAGAGAAUGGAGGCUGAUGUGAAAACAUCAGAAAAAAGGGAUUAUCUUUUAGAAUACAUACUAGCCAAUCAAAAGAAUGAUGAAGAAUCCAUUUCUCCUUUCACACCAUUCAAUCACAUGGAAGCUUUCAGAGACUCAUCUAGUUUUCAAACUCCUGAGUCUAUUGUACAGAACAGAGUAUUUCAAAAAAUCCAAUUAUUUCAGAACCCAGCAUCUGCCCAGAAUGGUAAUUCUCACUUAUCUGAUAAUUUUGCUGUGCAUAAUGGACUAUUCAAGCCACAGGACAGCCACUUUGACAAAAUAGUCCAGCCUACAGAGCUGAGUAAUGGAAUAUUCCAGGAGUCUUCCAAAAUGCCUUCAUAUCUUAAUGCAUCAACAAAUGGAGACAUGAUGUUUAAAAGACUACCGCCCAAACCAACCCCACGCAAUAAGUAUCCUAAGAAUCCUGAUAAGAGUAUCGACCAUGACAUUUUUUCUACACCUGCUCUAUCUGUACCUGCUGAUAAGAAACCUGCACAGACACCGUUUACACCUACCCUGGCUAAUCCCUUCUCUAUACCAGCUGUGCCACAAGCAAAAGCUAAUAUCCAGGACACCACAGUAUCUGACAAGUUAAACUCAAGCCAAGUUUAUGAAGACAUUCUUUUCAUUGGCCAGGAGAAGUGUGUGGACGACUGGCCAGAGGACAGCCCUGAGCUUAGCCCUGAAUGGAAACCUUCAGGGAAAUUGAAAUUAAGGAGGGAAUCUUUAAGGAUUUCUAUAGAAUCUGAGGCAGCCCUAAAUACAGACACUCUGGGGAAGAAAUCCAUCAAAAAAAAAAAGAAGUUGAGCCUCUUAAGAAAGGGGUCAAAGGAUAAAUCAAUAGAUGACCCAAUGGUUCUGCCGAUUGACACAGUUCACUGGGAUUCAAAGGAAAACUAUCCUGACAGCUUGAAUGGUGCUUAUGGUGAUUCUUUGCCUUGGGGAACAAAGUACCACGCAUCAGACGAGGUUUUUUUGCCUGAAGAACAAGACCAGAAUGCAAGAAUGAAGAGCCAAUCAGUAAAGAGUAAAAAGACAAAAUUCAUAGUUCCUCAUUUGAAAUACAAAGCAAGCAAGAAAAAAUCUCUUGAUGAAGUUUUUGAAACUGGAUCACCAUUUCUACAAGCCUCCAAGAGUGAACAGACUCAGGAGUCAUAUGAAGACAUGCUGCGAAACAGUGACCAGAAAGAGCCAGUGAUGAAAGACUGGAGAAUGAAGGAACCAAUGAAAUUCAAACCCUCUGUGUCUCACCGACUAUCCAAGGAUUCAGUUGAAGACGAUCUGAAGAAGAUGAAUGGCCUUUCGUUUUUGGAGGAAUCAAAGGAAAAUGUAAGAGCCGGGAAUGAAAGUCACCAUUUCUCUGCUGACUUACUUGCAGAGUACCAGCGUGAACAGUUCUCUCCAAAAUCUUCAGACGGCAGUGGAAAAAUAAAAGAAGUACAAGACUAUCGAAAAAAGAGAUCUACUAAAUUCUCAGUUCCUCGCGUGUCUCUGAAAGGAUCUAAGAGUACCUUGGAGAAUGAUAUUCCCCAGAAAGGUGCUGAUCUGUUUAAAGCCAGUGACAUUAAAGAGUUGGAAAACAAUCUACCUGAAGAUUAUAGUCAGAAGAAGGAAUUUCCUGUAAAGGCUUCACCAAUCAUUCCAAAAGUCUCAACGGGCCUGAGUGACGCAGAUAUAGGAGCAGAUCUUUUUAAAGCUGGAGACAUUGAAGAAUAUGACUGGACAGAAAAGCAUACCAUGGAUGUCAAAAAAGAGAAGCUAAAAAAAGCACGUCUGCCAAGCAGAGAAUCAAAGGGCCUGAAUGACGCAGAUAAAGGAGCAGAUCUUUUUAAAGCUGGAGACAUUGAAGAAUAUGACUGGACAGAAAAGCAUACCAUGGAUGUCAAAAAAGAGAAGCUAAAAAAAGCACGUCUGCCAAGCAGAGAAUCAAAGGCCAGGGACCAACUGUUCUUUCCCGAAGACAUUGAACCACCAGGUGCUACUUCUGGUGAUUACUAUCUUUCAGAAGCAGCCAAGGCUGAAUGGAUGUCCUCCCAGAUGGAUGUGAGGCGAGCUAGAGCACCAUAUGAAGACGAGGAACUGGAAGCAGUGAAGGAGGAAGUGGAUGGGGACACUGACAGUCUGAUGGAGUGGUGGAACACAGUAGAAUUAUGGGACGAGCUGCCUGAUGAGGAACUCAGCUUAAAGGAAGACGAGACUAAAUCUUUCACUCAGAUUGCUGACAAAGUCCACCAAGGUCUCAGAGUUUUCUAUAAACUUUUCACCGAGCAUGCCGAAGUCCUGUACCAGCACGUGUUGCGACUCUACACCAUUGCUGAUGACAUUAGCAACUUCCACCGCCGUGCUAAGAUCGCCAACAUCACAGGUGGCACAACCACAGCUGUGGGUGGUGUCGCAGCCAUCACUGGCCUGGCACUGGCACCUGUCACAUUUGGGGCUUCUCUGAUUGUAUCUGCUGUUGGGCUAGGAGUAGCAACGGCUGGUGGGAUCACAGCAGCUUCGGCCAGCAUAUCAGACAAUGUCCAUGACAUGAACGACCGUAAGAAGAUUGAAGUGGUGGGUCAAGACUACGAGACCCGACUAGCAGAACUACGGCGCUGCCUGCACUUUGUAGCUGAAGGUAUUCGCCGAAUGCGCUUCCACCCUCUUCUGCGCCGUAAUAAUUACUAUGCUGGGGACUGGGAGGUGCGGCGAGCCCUUCAGACCCUUAGCCUGGUCGGAGAACCAGUAGAACAUGCCGAGGAUAUUGUGGAGAAGUCCACGGUGGCUCUGAAGAGUGUGUGCAAAGGCAUGGAUAAUUACUUUAGCAAGGAUUCGAAGGAGCUGAAGAAGGGCUGCAAGAAGGAUGUGACAAUGCAAGUGAAUAUGUUAGCUAAGCUGCUGCACGAAGACUUAGUGGCCCUCAACUCCAUACGAGAGCAGUUAAUGGAAGCUAUGGGACACGUUUAGAACGGGAAAUAGAUAAAUAAGGAAUUCAGAACAAUCUAAAUGUUAUUGACUUAGUGUUAUCUGUGGCUGUUCACAUGCUACACAUGAUGAAAAAAUUUGACUCAGUUCCUCCUACGAUUGUAUCAUAGGGUAUUACCUUAAGCAGAGACCUCACAGGAAGUCACAGGUCAAAAAAGAUCACAUUCCAAAUGCACAUAAAAUAUGAAAGUAAAUGUAGGACAUGUCUCCCCUUUCUUUCUUUCUUUUUUUUUGCUGUGGGCAUUUGAUGCUGUUUGGAUGUGCAGUAACAUAACAUGCGUUAUUGAGCGAAACAGUUUCAGUGGUUGGAGUUUUGGUUUCCUUCUUUAUGCAGUUUAGUUCUUGUUUUAAUAAUCACUUCCACAAUGGGAAAUACCAUUCCUGGUAGACACCAUUCUGAGAUUUAGUCAUCUGUAAUAUAUAUAGCAAAACGUGUGGUAAAAGACUGAAAAAAAUGGGCAGGAACUGAGAACGCUAAUGCCUUAUUUACAUUGUACUUGCAUUACUGUACACUUUGCUUACAUUUAGCAUACAAAUACAAAUACAAAUACAAAGCCCGCAUAUUAUGUAACUGACCAGCCAGUCCCAGUGCUUUAUUACUAUUUAGCUAACUAUUCUUUCUGAAGUUUGCAAAUAUCAUGGCAAAUUCAGUUAAAUAAACGUAAUUUAUAUUACAGUGCUGUUAUAUUCUUCAAUCUGAUUGCUCAGAAGGUGUUGAUUUUCUAGGAGAGCAAUUGUGACAGUAGUUUAGACAGAUUCAAAUCACAGGCGUAUUUAAAUAUGCUCAUUCCAAUAUACACUGAUUGGGCAUAACAUUAUGAGCACUGACAGGUGAAGUGAAUAACACUGAUGAUCUCCUCAUCAUGGCACCUGUUAGUGGGUGGGAGAUAUUAGGCAGCAUGUGAACAUUUUGUCCUCAAUGUUGAUGUGUUAGAAGCAGGAAAAAUGGGCAAGAGUAAGGAGUUUGAGCGAGUUUCACAAGGACCAAAUUGUGAUGGCUCAACGACUGGAUCAGAGCAUCUCCAAAACUGCAGCUUUUGUAUGUUGUUCCCGGUCUUCAGUGGUCCGUAUCUGUCAAAAGUGGUAAAAAGAAAAGAACCAGUUUGUUGUGUAUGGGGCUGCAUAGCUGCAGACCAGUCAGGGUGCCCAUGCUGACCCUUGUGCACCAACGAAAGCGCUAACAAUGGGCAUAUGAGCCUCAGAACUGGACCACGGAGCAAUGGAAGAAGGUGGCCUGGUAUGAUGAAUCAUGUUUUCUUAUACAUCACAUGGAUGGUCGAGUGCGUGUGCAUCGCUUAUCUGGGAAACACAUGGCACCAGGAUGCACUAUGGGAAGAAGGCAAGCCAGCAGAGGCAGUGUCAUGCUUUGAGCAAUGUUCUUCUGGGAAACCUUGGGCCCUGCCAUUCAUGUGGAUGUUACUUUGACACAUACCACCUACCUAAGCAUUGUUGCAGGCCAUGUACACCCUUUCAUGGAAACAUUAUUUCCUGAUGGCUGUGGCCUGUUUCAGCAAGAUAAUUCGCCAUGCCACAAAGCAAAAAUGACUCAAGAAUGGUUUGAUGAGCACAAAAAUGAGUUUGAGGUGUUGACUUGGCCUCCAAAUUCCUCAGAUCUCAAUCCAAUCGAGCAUCUGUGGGAUGUGCCGGACAAACAAGUCCGAUCCAUGGAGAACCCACCUCAAAAAUUACAGGAAUUAAAGGAUCUGCUGCUGACAUCUUGGUGCCAUAUACCACAGCACACCUUCAGGGAUCUAGCUGAGUCCAUGCCUCGAUGGGUCAAGGCUGUUUUGGCAGCCAAAGGGGGGGACCAACACAAUAUUAGGCAGGUGGUCAUAAUGUUAUGCCUGAUCAGUGUAUUUACAUUUCUAUAUACAUUUCUAACGGCUCAUUCCCUGGGACCUGAACGGAGGAUGCUCUGCAUAAUCUAAUGCUAAUAAUUACGACACAAAAAGAACAUGUUUACUUGGUGAUAAUUGCGUAAUAUUAUGGAAGGAGUCUCAGGCGUCAGGAAAUUCUAAGGGUCGGGAAAUCUUUCACUACUUUUAGACGUGACACAAUAAGUGGGUAAAAAAAAAAAAUGUUUAUAAUAAAUGUAAAAAAUUGCAAUCAGUAGCAAGUUGCUGUGAUUUAAGAGGAAUAACCUUUCUGAUAACGUCUUAGUGGUAACUGCACCAUCAUUAUUUUCCUAUAAUUCUUAUAUAGAAAUAAAUUCCUUGAUGACUUUACUAUAAUUUCGGUAUACUUCACAUGCACAGUUAACUAUAUAUAUUUAUUUAUUCAGAGGUUUUUUUAGCUAUUUAUAACUACAUUUGCAUAAGACCUUAGUUCCUUAAUCUCCAAUGGUUAAGGAGGUUGCAGUGACGUGUGGAGGUCGGACUUCAGGAUUUUCCUCCACCCGAAAGUCACUUCUUUUCCUAACAUGCCUUAAACAGCAAAACUUCACUAACCACACAGAUCUCAGCCACGUUAAAAGGUCAGUUUGUUUUUUAGUCCAUUACUGUAUUUCAGUUUUAAACAGCAACCUGGUUCAAUCUGGGCACACAGAGGAAUGUUAAGUUUUUUGUGUUUGUUUGUUUUUGGUGUGUUUUUUUUUUUUUUGGGAGGAAUAGAUUUCAUGGACGCAACAAGUUAAACUUGUUAUAAUUGUAAUAAUUUCGGUAUACAACACGCGAUUUUAUAAAAAUGACGUCAUGCUAUAUGGAGAGAGUGUAUUCAUAUUAUGAUAUAUAAUACUUAGGCGGAACUUUGGAGCUUGUGUUGUGUUAAUAUGUUGCUAUAGGGAUAAUACGAAUAAUAAUAAUAUUAACAAUAACAACGACAACAAUGUUAUUUUAAAGGUCCAAAUAUAGCCAUUUAUUUCAAAUUACAGUUUAACGUUACUAUCACUUCCGGUAUCUGUUGUCAUAUUCACGCAUGAGUUGUAGGACAUACAGGGGCGUUAUAUUUCCAAGCUAUGUAUCAACAAAUAGCGCUUCCGGAUUUGGCGGGCUGGGUGUGAACUAGCCAAUCAUAGUGCAGGAUACUAAUUCUAGCCAAUCCUAGCAUUGGAGGCGGGUUCUGUUGUAGUAUGUACAUAGAAAUGUUAUACAGCUCUGGAAAGAAUUAAAAUAAGAGACCACUGCCCAAUCUCCAGAUGUGAACCCUAUUGAAAACCUCUGGAAUGUCAUGAAGAGGAAGAUGGAUGGUCACGAACCAUCAAGCAAAGCUGAGCUGUUUGCUUUUCUGCAAAAAGAGUGGUAUAAAGUUCCCCAACAGCAAUGUGAGAAAUUGGUGGAGAGCAUGGAGCCAAAGCGCAUGCAAAUCAGGGUUAUUCCACCAAAUACUGAUUUCUUAAUGUUAUUUAGCCAAAGAAUUAACACAAUUUGUUAUGCAUUUUGUUUUAUAUGAGUUAUUGAAGCUCUGCAAAUAACGCAUGAUCUUGGGUUAUUCUGAUGUGUUGUCAUUUCCUUUAAAUAUACACUCUAUUUUGGAGAAAUAUUGUCAAAAAAAUGAAACAAAACUGUUCAUCUCACCAAUACAUGCACCUGUAAGAAAAAAACAUAAGAAACUGAUUAUUUUCCAGUGGUCUCUUAUUUUAUUUUAUUUUUUUUCCAGAGCUGUAUUAUUUGUUAAAUAAACACAAGUAUACAAGUAUGAAGUAGUGAAUUUUCAUAUGAAGUAAAUAUAACCAGUGGCAAUUAAUUACAAGGGAAUAUACACCAUAAACAACAGUUUAAUUAAAUUAUAUAAUUAAUAAUAAAUGAGUUGCCAGACAAUAGUAAGAGCUGGGAUUACACCAAGUCAUUGCUUAAUCAUUUAAAGCACUUGACGAUAUUUUACAGGGAAGUAUAUAAUCUGUACCACAAGGGUUAGAUUACUGAUGAAAUUUGUGAAAAACUUCACAUUGUGACUUGAAUCUUAACAGUUGUCAUUUCAUAUUCAUCUGCUUUCGAACAUAGUUUAUGCAUAGCUCUUAAGACCGUGUUAGAUUUAGAUUCGAUUAAGUUUGUUAGUGUGAGAUUUGGUGUUUGUUCACAUGGUCAGAAACGAAAGGACACGUGUGGUCCCAAAGAGGCCCAUUAAACAUAAAUAUGUGUACUCUGUGUGUGUGUGCCUCAUGGAUCUUUAUAUAAGUCUAUACAUUCUUUUAUGUGAAUGUUGGAAAAAGCCUCUUAUGUGCAUUUGGUUCUAGAUAUAUAUCUGAUUAUACACCACAAAAUGGCAAUUAAAAUCUAAUAUCUAACAAUAUCUAAACAGUUAAAAUUGAAUGUUAAUAAUAUGUUGUAUCAAUUCUGCACAUUGUAACUGUUCAAACAGUACUAAACACACACAGACAAAGGCAGAUAUGACAGUGACUAUUAUUUCAUGUCUGUAAUGAUCAGACUGCUUUAAAGUCACGUUUCCUCUAAACAUGUUAAAUAUAAAAUCUGAGUUAAAAUAAAAAAAAAAAACAUUGUCGUCUGUACUUUUGUGUAAUUUGCACAUUGACUGAACAGUCUGUUUUACUCUAUCUACUUUUACUUUCUCCUCCAAAAAUUUGUUUUGGGGAAAAAAAAAGAAGCUAAAUCAUCCACCUCGUUCAUAUUUAUUACACAUGCAGCUGAGUCUGUAACUGGAACAGACUCUUGAUGAUGUGGUAUGACGUGGGCAGAGAAAUAGUGCACAUAAUAUCUAGACUGUGAUUCACUCUGUCUACUCACAUGACUGUGUGAAUUAUACCAUUGUGUAUUUGUUUUAUGACCAUUGGUGGUGCUGUAAUCUAUUUAAAACAUAAGUAAACCGCAAAUAAUCUGAUGUUUAUGGCAAAAGUUUAAAAAUUUAUUUUUUUUUAAUAUUUGAAAGACCCAAUGGUGAAAGGCACAAUGGUGAGACUUUUGCAUGAGACAAUCAGUCUUGCAUGAGUCCACUAAUCAUGGGUGGACAAGCAAACAGGUUAGAUAUACACCAGUGACAGAAGAGCGGCAGAGACAAGACAAGAAUUGUUAAAAUUCCACAUGUAGGUGUACACAAAACAGUCAACAGAAAGAAACUGUGAAUAGAAUUUGGACCACUAGGGAGCAUACCAAAUGUAGAGAUGGGGAAAAACCUCCCUUUCUUAAUCGGCAGCACCUAAUACAGAGAGUGAACUGAUUAAAUACUUAAAUAAAGUAAGUCAUGAAAGGGCAAAAUUCAAUUCAGGUGCAGACAAAUAAGGGAUACAACCAGAGACAAGACAUGGGUGGAGAGAAGACAAAAACCAAAACAAACCACACAUGGUGAUGUAAAGAAAUCACAGAACAAUGCGGAAGUGAGCAAAGUAACACUGUAGGCUGCUGCAUGUGCUGAGUGGCUCGGCUAACAGUGUCUAGGGCCAGAUUAAGGGGAGAUUCAUGACACACGCCACUCCACGGUCAUCAUUUUCCUGUCACAGCAUGACCCUGUGUUUUAGACACACAGUAUUAACACACAUCUGGGCCUGAAAUAACUUGCAUCUAGACUGUAUAGGUGUUUGAGUGCAGAAAACUAUGCAAGAAAGAUUUUUUUUUUUUUGCAGUAGCUUAAUUUGUUAAUUUAUUUAUAAAACGUAAUUGGUCAAACAAUUUAAGUCAUCUUCGAAUGUAAGAAACACACACACACUCACACAUGUACACAUGUACAGUGGUCAAGGAGCAGAUUUGUGUUAACAUCUAUCUUAAAUUUA